AUGGAACUGCUGCAAGAAGCCGUGGCAAAGAGCGUCACGCCAAACUCAGAGAUGUCUGCUGCUGCCGUCAAUGCCUAUGCAAAUCGGUUAGCGUGGGAGGAGGCUGUUCUUCUCUUGGCCUUGGCACCAGAGGCACAGAAAAUUUUGCCCAAAGUGGUGGAGACCUGUGCUGUUGCCGGUCAAUCCGCCGAGGUCACCCAAUUGGUGAGGAGGCAACUGGAGACGUUGGAUGAACCACAGGGCAGUGCAUUGCUGCUGGCGAUGAGCCGCACAGGGCGCUUUUGGCGUGAGUCGAUGGCAUUGCUGGCAAAAAUGAGAGGUCAGCAGUUGCAGCUGAGCGCUGAGAACCUCCAAGACGUGAUGGCGGCCUGCGAUCCAGGCAGCCAAUGGCGUCGUGACGCCGGUGAAGGUAUCCUCCUUGAGGCCGUGCCACGGCGUCCCAUGGAGGUUCUUCAGCUCUUCUGCUUGGCAAGACGGUGGAGUAUUGAGCCAACAGCUCGGCUCUACCGGACUGCCCUUGGAGGGUUGUACCACUCAAGCUCUGGACGUUUCUGGGCUUGGGCUCUGCAUCUACUGGAAGAGAUGGAGGCUUUUGGCUUUGAUGCGACGUGCACUGAUUUCUUGGUUGCCAUUGAGGCGGUCUCAGCGGCAGAGCCGGAGGAAGCGUUUGGAAGGACUGCUGAGGAAGUGAAAGCCAUCAAAUCCCUCCGGGCACAGCUUGCAAAGAUCAAGGCGCCCAAAGGGCGACAUUUUAAAGUGCCCAAGUUUUCGCCGGCCUUCGUCUCUACGAAGCAGUCCUUCAAGACUGACACGGAGCCCACCCCUGGCAGCCCCAUCGUGGAGGACACUUUGGUUUCCGAGAGAAUGCGGACCAACGAGCCUCUAACUGGAGGUCCCUUGAGAAAGUGGGAAAUGGCUGUGAGUUUGCUUCACAAGUUAGGGCUCAAGGGGCUCAGUGCUGAUACUACUAGCUUCGAUCAUGUGGUUUCGGCAUGUGCAAGAGCGCAGGAGUUGGCACCCUGCAAAGUGCUCUUAGACACCAUGCAUUGCCAAUCAGUGAACCUGAGUUCACGGACCUUUGACAGCCUGAUAGGUGGCUGCAGCAGAAAGGGCCUUUGGCAACAGGCAUUGGCGCUCUUUGACAGAGCAAAGACAAUGCAGCUGGCUGGGGCGGGCACCUACAACCAAGCAUUGAAGGCUGCGGUUGUCUGA